GAACGAAUUUCUCUCGGCUCCAUGACCAACCGAUUCUUCGAUCGUACAAAGUCCAAACAGGACUCAAUCAAUAUCCUUGCUGGCGGUAUAGCCUUCUUCAUUAUCGGCGGAGAACUACUCCGUUGGUGGUACUCCAGUUUUACCAACUACUGCGCCAACGCGAAUGAUCCCCACGGCGACAGGCAAUACUACCCUUCAGCAUGCUAUGAAAGUAACAAGCUCUUGUUCGUCGCUGCGAUGAUAUGCUUCGUGAUUGGUGGUCUUGACGUACUCCAGGGCUGGAUUUAUCUUUUCUACUAUUAUACUAAAUCUCUUACCAAAUCGCUUUCUUAUAUUUUUCUACUGCUCUUAUUCCUGCCUUUGCUUUGUCUGUUGCUCUUGGACUAUUUUGCAUGGCUUUCUUUAUGUAUCUUGUUAUUAUAUGGCUUUUACCCAUUGGUUUGGCAACUAUUUUGGGCGGCCUUUGCUUGUGCUUUUGUUAUUUGGACCUGGAGAUGAAUAUUGGGUAGUGUAGCUAAUAAAACCUGGAAAACAGGUCAAGGAAUCAAAGUUUCGUGGAUGCUGGCCGGGGUGCUACUCCGCCACCCUCAGACGACUCCCUGUGGCCAGUUAUUUCCCAGCCCAUUCCUCUGUAUCUUGCUGGCCAAAUGCCACUCCGGCC